CAGCCCAACGACGAGGAUGAACAAGACCGGAUGGAUCUUAUGCAUCAUGUCUACGGCAUGGCUCUAGGGGGAGAUCUGCAUACGGCCCCGAUCAAUAACCCUCAGCGAGUUCUUGAUCUGGGGACAGGGACGGGCAUCUGGGCCAUAGAUUUCGCAGAUCAGUAUCCCUCGGCGGAAGUGAUUGGGAACGACCUGAGUCCCAUCCAACCUGGCUGGGUUCCUGUCAACUGUGUAUUUGAAGUGGAUGAUUUUGGGGCCGAAUGGCAAUACCACCGUGCCUUCGACUACAUCCACGGCCGUGAACUGGCUGGCUCAAUCAAAGAUAUCGAUCAUCUCGCCAAACAGGCGUUCGACAACCUUCGUUCUGGCGGAUACUUUGAGCUUCAAUCCUUUCCCAUUGAGGUCUUUACCGAUGAUGACUCUAUGGAAGAAAGGGGCAAAUAUACAGCUCAACUGAUUGAAUUGAUAAGUGAAGCAAGUGAAAUGUAUGACAAGCCAAUGCAGAAUGUGGACAAAUGGGGCGAGGCGUUGGAAUCCGCUGGUUUCACACAAGUCACAACCACAAUGAUCAAGGUCCCAAUAAGUCCAUGGCCGACUGAUCCCAAGCAGAAGGAAAUCGGCCGCUUUAUGCAGUGCCAAUACAGCCAGGCCCUGGGCUCUUAUCUCCCUGGGAUCCUCACUACCGUGCUGGGAUGGUCGCCCGCCGAGACUGAAGUGAUGGCGGCAAAGGUGCGCCAGGAGCUGACGGAUCUUGAGUUUCACCAAUACUCCAAGUUGUAUCUCAUCUACGGCAAGAAGCCAUAG